CUGCACCCUCCUCUCUCAUGCGACACGCCCAGUUUCGCUGCCUGUGUCAAACCUUUUAUUUUGGUAAUAGCACAUGGCACCGCGAGCUCAUCCCAGAGUGAGACCACUGCUCGCGCUGCUACAGGUGGUGUGCCACCUUAACGUCUGAAACGACAGAAGAGAGGCAGCGACAAGGGACUACAGGCGCUUCAUCACCGCUUCAGUUGACGGGGAGAAACUCAUAAAGCUGUUUGGUUGUUUUUUUUUUUCCUUUUUUUGGUCGCAUUUUGGAGGCGGUUGUUGUUGUUUCAGUCUGAGGUGAACUGGGACCUGCUGGGUGUGUUCCGUGUUUUAUCGACACAUCACCGAGAUUUAACAGGUGGAGAAGGCACCUUAAAUCACUGCACUCACCUUGGGUUUCGACAAGAGUGUGUGCUGACUGAUCACUAAAUGGCGCUGACGGUGAACCUUAUCGGUCCUUCACCAUGGGGCUUCAGAAUAUUUGGAGGAAGGGACUUCAAGAAGGCCAUAACUGUAUCAAAGGUCAACGGGGGCAGUAAGGCAGAGAAGGCAGACCUGCAACCUGGUGAUAUUAUCUUGGAGAUCAACAGGGAAAACACGGCGGACAUGCUGAAUGUGGAGGCCCAGAACAAGAUCAAGAACUCAAAGACUCAGCUGCAGCUGGUGGUGGAGAGACCUGAACCUCCCAGCCCUGGACAGACUAACGGCAUCGGCACCCCUGAGCAGCUCACCGGACGCUUCCAGGAGGCAGUAAUAGUGAGUAGAGACGAGAAUCAGAACUACAGAGAGUACACCAUCUCCAGCCCUGCGUCGCUGUCCCCUGGACCUUAUUCACCAGAUCCUUUUCCCAGCCCCGACGGGAAGAGGGAGAGGCUGACACCGACCAUCAACAAGAGUGUCCAGCUGCGUCCAUGGUCUCCAGUGGAGAAGAGUCACCGACUGUCCAGACCGCUGUCACAGGAGUUCUCCCCUUCAGACCACAGGAAUAACUCUGUGUCCAGCAGAACCCCAACCCCACCAGGACGCUACUCGCCCCUUAGCCCCAUUGAUCGGGACGUACCCAUGUCCCCACGUCGCAGCAGUUCGAGCUCUGACUUUGCCAUGCAGAAGUUCGACAGGGACUCUGAGGUGUACAAGAUGAUUCAGGAGAAUAAGGAGUCCCGCUCGGUGCCUCGUCAGUCCAACACCUUUAAAAUACUGCAAGAGGUCCUGGAGGCUGACGAGAAAGAGGCAGCCUUGCGGUUCCCAGGGAAACUUUCGCCCAACGCCUCCACACUAAGCACAUCAGUGGGAGGAGUCAAAAAAAUCCACACCUGUGAGAAGUGCGGCACAAGCAUCGGCACACUGGCCGUGCGCAUCGCAGACAACCGCUUCCGCCAUGCGGAGUGCUACACCUGCACAGAUUGCGGUCUCAACCUCAGGAUGAGGGGUCACUUUUGCGUCGGAGACGUGAUGUACUGUGAGAAGCACGCCAAACAGAGGUACCAAGGCCCGGGAAGUUCCCCUCAAGCCACCGUGUCCCAGCGCCAGUGAGUUUGCCACUCCACACCUGCCCUGCUCUGGAUCUGCCGGAAGCUCCACACCAUCUGACUCAGUUAUAGACCUUGGGAUGAUACGUGGAGGUGGACACUAGUCAACAAAACGGCAGAUGUUCUUUUCUGAUCAUAUUUAACCAUCCUUGCAAUAUUAUGAUUCACUUUCUUGCUUUUCUUAUAAUUGUAAGUGAAUUGGGGCUUUGUUUUUUUUCAUAUGGCCCGGCCUCCGCAUUCUCUUUAGGUUAUUCUUAGCUCUAAUGAUGCACAGCUGCCAUGGACUCGAGCCACAUUGUACUAAGGCCACAUUUUCAUAACGCCAACGCUUUAGACAAACUCAACAGGACUGGCACUCUGACUCUUUGAGGAUCUGGAUAAUCAUUUGAAUCUCCGGCUGACACAAAGGGACCAAAAUCUCACCUACACUGCAUGCCAUUUGAAAUGUGUGCGUGUGUGUGUGUGCGUGUGCGUGUGCGUGUGCGUGUGCGUGUGUGUGUGUGUGUCUAGAGUCAGGCCAAAAGUGUUUUCUAUAUUUCUUUUGUAUGCAGAAUUUGAGUAGAAAUGAUGAAAAAAAAAAUACAUAUUUGCUGACUUGUUUUGUUGCUUAUGAGGGACUAUAGAUUCAAUAUACAAAUAUUUUUGAUGUUUUUGAACUGUAUGCUAUAAUAUAGACCAUUUAAAAAUGCAUAAUGUAUGCACAGGGCCAUUUAGUGUGAAAAGAGUUGAUGAUACUACACUUUACCAGUUACAGCAGUACUCAGAGAUACACUAUAAUGUUUGCAUUUUAUGUGGCACCCAAUAAAAUCGCACAACCUAAAGCUUC